GCCAUCCAAUGGACCGUAUCCGGAUAGGGGGACGUCACAUGAGUCCGGUAGACCUAUUGGAAAAUGUGCUAUAGGACUAGGCUCAGAGUCAGUGUUCUUCUACACCUAUAAGGAACAGCGGGGAAGCUACAAGAUGGCAGCUACAGAGGUGGUGAUUCCAGAACCAGGUCCUGAUAAAACCAGCCGUGCAUAUUUGGUGUCUUGGUUCAACAACCUGUUGAAGACAGACUUCACUGAUGUGCAGCAAAUGGGUUCAGGUGCAUGUCUCUGUCAGAUUAUGGACCGGGUCAUCCCUGGCUCUAUUGAUAUGACCAAAGUGAAGCUUGAUGCACAAAAUGAAGAUGAUUAUAAGAACAACUUCACUCUCCUCCAGGAGGCCUUGAAAAAGAACAGUGUCUCAAAGACCAUUCCAAUAGAGGAGCUCUUAACAGGGAAAUUCAGAACUAACUUUGAGAUCCUGAAAUGGUUCAAAGCCUUCUAUUUAGCCAAUGUGAAAAAUGUCACCCCUACCAAGUCGUCGCCCAAAUCACGGAACUCUAAAUUGGAGUUAGACAUGGAGGAAAAUGGUUCUAAAGUAAAAAAAUUUCCUUACACCAAAGAGUGGAAGGAAAUGUUUGAUUGGGCUGAGCGCAGUCCUCUUGGUGACCACCAUACGUACUGCAGCAGUUGCCACAGAAAUCUGAGUACAUACCACACAGGCCUUAAUGAUCUAAGGCGACAUGUGGAAACAAAAAUUCACAACAAAAGAGCAAAAAUUGCUAAGAGUCUGCUGAGCCAACUCUCUGAGCCACUGUCCUGUAGUGAGGCAGCACUCCGGUUUAUUCACAAACACUUUAACUACCCUGGUGAACAGGUGUCAAACCAUUUUGCACACUGUAAACUGGGGUCGCAGUACCCCAAAGAUAUUAUAUCUGUUUGCCAACACACUCCUUACUGUGUAUAUAUUUAUGGAGGAAUAACACUGAAGGAGGACGACACUGUGUCUGUGGUUCUUGUUGGAUAUUUUGAUGUUGAAGCCUCCAGACACUGCAUCCGAUUUCUGGACGCUCUCCAGUCUCCAACUGAAAAUACACCAGAUCAAACAGCAGCAGCAGUGCUGGGGGUCUUGAAGAAAUUUGAGUUGCUUGCCACAAACCUUACUUCUGUUUAUCUAGAUGGUAACAGGGCCGCCUCAGAGCAGAUCUACACACAGCUCAGGGAUCUCAGCCCGACCGUGAUGGCCUUUGGAGCAUUGUACAACGUGGCUGAUGCUGCCUGCCACGCAGGUGUGAAAGAGCUCUCAAAUCAGUCUUUGGAGAUGAUUGCAGACAUCCAUGCCCACUACUCAUCCUGCUCUACAAAGAACGAAAAUCUCAAGGCUCUUUUUGGUUCAGACAUUGUGAACGGUUCAUUUCAUCUCAACACCAGUUGCCUUAAUUUCUGCCAGUUAAUCACCAAAAUCUUGAAAAUGUGGAAUGAUCUAAUAUCAUAUUUCAAAUCAUGCAAAGAAGAUGAUGAAAAAGCCAAAUUAAUCUGCACCCAGUUACAGGAUCCCAAAGUCAGGGCAAAGUACAUGUUCCUGGAUCAUGCCAUGAAGCCUCUGCAGAGCUUCCAAAAACAUCUACAGGUACACGAGGGAACUCCUCGCGCUGAUUUACUGGUCAUUCUAGAAGAAGCCAGUAACUUAUUGCGUACAUACACCUCCUACUUCAUUCAUCCUCAAGCUGCAGUACGCUUCCUCAAGGAACGAGCACAGAUUCUCAAAAAUAAGAAAUACCAUCUGUCAGGUGCUGAACUCAAUCUAGGUGGGUCCACUGUGGAGGGAUUCCUGAAGGAAUCAGAGGCUACAGCAGCACUGCCACUUCUGCAAGAGGAGGCUGUAUUGUUCUACACUGCACUCACAAUUAGUAUCUCAGAGGGGCUACCGCUAAGUGAUGGACUGCUGAGAUGCAGUGCUCAGCUUCUUAAUACCCAGAGCAGACUUGAAGUAACAGGGAAAUCCGUUGGAGAACUAGGGACCAAACUGGGAACCUGUUCUUCUCCCGAGGAGGUCAAACAGCUCACUAGUGAGUUUCUAGAGUAUCAGCUGCACGAAGAGGGACAGAAUGAAGAGAAAGAAAAGGACAGCUCUGCCGUGCUUUCGCUGGAGAAACACUGGUUGAACAUCCUGCAGGAUGCCAAGCCAACAUCGAUGUUAAGGAAGCUGAUUUUGACCCUCUUGGCCUUUCCUUGUCCUCCUCUUGAUGCUCAGCAGGUUUUUACUGAGGCCUUCGGUAAUGGGGAAAAUGGACUAAUCUCUGAUAGUGACGCCUUUACAGAGAGUGAGGGUGAUGUAACCUCUGACAGCAAAAAGGACUGUCCAAUUUGCACUGAACAUAGGAAGGAAUUCAGUCAAUCAGUUCUGAAGAACUUAGACAUAACAGUGAGGCCUUGUGAAGUUCGCCUUCACAAGAUACUGGAACCAAAGGAUGGUUAUGAUGGAAUGAACGGUCAUGUUUGGAAAGAGGGGACCAUUAGGGGAGGUUAUGGCUGGGAGAGCAGCUUGCGCCAGAAGCCACAGGCCCGUACAGUGUUUCAGGCUGGUUCUAACACUUGGGCCAAUGCUGUAGGUCUUGAUAAGGACAAGAAACAGGGUCUGGACUCCCAAGAUGAGCUGUCAGAAGAGAAGUCACCAUCCAGUAAGUCCACACCAAGAGGACGAAGGAAGAAACAACCCUACCAGGAUGGUAAAGGGUUCCUGAAAGGAGAGCUGGUGUGGGGGAAACUGAAGGGCUUUUCCUGGUGGCCUGGGAUGGUGAUGGCCUGGAAAACAAAGUCAUCUCCCCCAGGCAUGAGAAGAGUAGAGUGGUUCGGAGAUGGAAUGUUCUCAGAGAUCAACACAGAGGGGCUGUUGCCAUUUAAUGCCUUCACCAGGUGCUUCUGCAAAAAUUCCUUUGCCAGUUUGCCUGUCUAUAAAGAAGCAAUUUAUCAGAUCAUUGAGUUGGCAGCUGAGCGAUGCGGGAAGUCUUUUUCUGAUGCUGAAGGAAAUAAGGAGAAGGAGCUGAUUCUAAUGCUGAACUGGGCCCAUGAAGGAUUUCUUCCCAAAGGACCCGAGGGGUUCUUACCUCCUGAGUCUGCUGCGCAGAUUGAGACCUCUGACUCUGCCCUGUCUGACUACCAGCCCCCAGCAAAAAGGAAAUAUGUUUAUAAACACAAAGCCAAUGCUGUUAACAUCACCUUUGGCAGGAAAUCAUUGAUAGAAAAAAUAAAUUCACAAGGAAAAAACAUUAAAGAUUUUUGUUUGUCUUGUGGAACAUCUGAGAUUGAAGUGCAGCACCCAUUGUUUGAAGGAAGUCUUUGUCUUAAAUGCAAGGAAAACUUCACAGAGACGCUGUAUCGCUAUGAUGAAGAUGGCUACCAGUCAUAUUGCACUGUGUGUUGUGCAGGUUUAGAGGUCAUCCUGUGUGGAAACGCCAGCUGCUGCAGAUGUUUCUGUAAGGACUGUUUGGACAUCCUCGUUGGCCCGGGAACCUUUGACAAAUUCAAAGAUGUUGAUCCAUGGAACUGCUACAUGUGCAAGCCAUCACAAUGUGAAGGAAACCUCAAACUCAGGCCAGACUGGAGCGUGAAGGUGCAGGACUUCUUCGCCAACAACAGCGCCUUUGAAUUUGAGCCACACAGAGUUUACCCGUCCAUUCCAGCUGAUCAGCGUAGACCAAUCAAGGUGCUCUCACUCUUUGACGGCAUUGCAACAGGAUACCUGGUGCUCAAAGACCUCGGCUUCAAGAUAGAGCGUUACAUUGCUUCAGAGAUCUGUGAAGAUUCAAUUGCUGUGGGGAUGGUCAAGCAUGAGGGAAAGAUCGAAUAUGUCAGUGAUGUUCGUACCAUCACAAGGAAACAUCUGGCUGAAUGGGGGCCCUUUGACCUUCUGAUUGGAGGAAGUCCCUGUAAUGACCUGUCCAUGGUCAACCCUCUUCGAAAGGGGCUAUUUGAGGGCACUGGGAGGCUCUUUUUUGAGUUCUACCGCAUCCUGACCUUGUUGAAGCCACGGGAGGAGGACAACCGGCCGUUCUUCUGGUUGUUUGAAAACGUGGUUUUCAUGAGCGCCAAUGACAAGUCAGAUAUCUGCCGGUUCCUCGAGUGUAAUCCGAUUCUUAUUGAUGCCAUAAAAGUCAGCCCUGCUCACAGAGCACGAUACUUCUGGGGAAACCUCCCUGGCAUGAACAGACCUCUCGCAACAUCUUUAGAUGACAAAGUGAUCCUCCAGGAUUGUUUGGAAGUGGGACGCACAGCAAAGUUUGACAAAGUCCGAACCAUCACAACAAAGUCAAACUCCAUAAGACAAGGGAAGAGCGGUCCACUGCCAGUCUCUAUGAAUGGCAAAGAAGACUAUCUGUGGUGCACCGAAAUGGAACAGAUCUUUGGUUUUCCCAAACACUACACAGACGUGAACAACAUGGGCCGGGGUCAGAGGCAGAAAGUCCUGGGUCGGUCCUGGAGCGUUGCAGUCAUCCGACACCUCUUCGCCCCGUUGAAGGAUUACUUUGAAUGUGAAUAGAGACGAAGCUUCAGUCUCAUGUCAGAGCAGCAGCAUCUUUCCUAUCUGACAUUUACAGGAAUUAUCUGAAAACAUUAAUUAGUCAUUUUUACUUCGGUGUUUAACUCGUGGAUGUGUGAUCAAACGUCACCAACAGGUGACACUUGUCAGUUUUCUUCAUCAUGGAGGAGCCUUUGUUUCAUAUUUGCUGGUGCUCAAUGCAAUUCUCUACCUCAACACAAAUUUACUGGUUAAAUAUCUGACAUCAUUUUUAAUACGUUAAUUAAUUUAAAAUAUGAGCAUUUUAGAUUUAUUUUAAUAUUUUAUCAGGGGUUUUUAAUCUGGUCAAUCAUGUUCUGUAGUAGUUUAGUUUUUGAUUUUUACAUAUGAAAAGUUUAGAAUUAAGGGAUUUAAGAGCUGUCUGAUUUUAUAAAACACAUUUUUAUGUGCGACUGUGAUGCUUCAGUGAUUUUAUACAAAAUGAUUCACUGGGUUUGCAGUUCUUACACUUUUCCAGUCAUUUUUUAAAAUAAGACCAAAUAUAACUUCUCAUUAGGGACAAACUGUUUUUACUGUCAACAACUCAACAAAGACAUGUACAAGCUUUAGCGUUUUUACCAUUUCGUUAACAGCUAGUUUAAUUUACUGUACUAUUGAACAAUUAUGGGACUUGAAACACAAUUAUGCUGCAAUUGGAAUUGUUUUCAUAAAUGAAGCAUGUGAUAAAUAAUAACAAUAAUGCAUACAAAGAUGCAGAAAGAAACACAUCAGAGCAAACUGUGACUAAAUCCACAGAGGGAUGGAAUGCACACUUUUAAAAACCUGUUCACAAAAUAUUUUGCCUUAAUGAUACACUGGUGCAAAAACACCCAGAAAAUUUUGCACUUCAGAGCUAUUUACCCUUGGUUUGCCUCAGAAAUUAUGACUUGAGAAAGAUUUGAUGACAGAGAAGAUGUUCAGUGGUACAAAACUAACUGCAUGUAGCCUCUGGUUCAUAUGAAUUAGACAGUUUUUGAAACAAGCCUUAUCUGCACAGAAAGGUGACACUUUCCACUGAAUGUGGAAACUCCUUAUGUGACAGUGCUUGACUGGUUGUACAGCUCUCAGUGGAUUCAACCCUUACACACUAUUGUUUUUGUUAUUUUUGAAUCAGUUUAGUUGCCACAACAGCUUCACAUACAUUUUGUGGAUCCUGUAGAUUGUGGAUUUUUUUUUUUUUUUUAAUCAAGGAAUAGUGACAGUAAGAGGAAAACAAGGAUUAAAAUGUUAAAAAUAAGAAUCACGACGAUGACUGUCCUAAAGAGAAGAGAAAAAACCUUGAGCAAUUACAGAAAUAGCAGUGGAUGGUGUACACCAUUCAGGGACAUUGUAUUAUGCUCCAGUCAAAGUGGAUUGUCUCCAAGGGGAGUGUAAAGGGCAGCAUCUUUGUAAAACCACUGUAACUGCUGUGAUGAAAUGCAUUGUUUGUUUUAUUUAGGUUGGGUGUGAUUUUUUUUUUUUUUUUGAUGACGUUCAUGUCAUUCUCUCACAUUGACAGUACUGUAAGGUGUCUCUGUGCACACUCCUGUAUUUUACUGCUGAAUUGUUCAUUUUUAUACUAUCAUCUUCAUGGUGCUACUUUGUGUGAAUGUGUUGCUUUUUCUCUGGUUUACAUUUUUUUGUUUGUAUUUUUUACAAAUGUUUAUGUGUGAUAUUUAGGCCUGCCGUGACACCAGACUGUUUCCUUAUGGUCAACGUCUUUACCUCAUAUUGUUUUUGGGAUUUUUUACCUGAAGGUGCUUAUGGUGUUAACAGUGCAUGUUCACCUCAGAACAGUCACUGCUAAAGUUUAACGUUUUACGUACUUUUAACCAUCAAGUUGUGUGUUUAUUUGAAUGUAAGGAAAAAUAAACUGGUGUAGUUUCAAAUUAA